CUCGUCUGCCCGCUCGAAUGAAAGUUCGUCACUCAAGAAAAGGCAUUCUUCGCACUUGGUCAGACUUUUUUUGUUUGUGAAAAAAUUUAAAGUUAAUUGUUCCCGUGGCAAAUUGCUAAGCAUUAAUUUGUCUUCUUCUUCUUCCACUCAUCAAUUAAGAACACAAUAAGAAUUGAAAAUGGCUCGUGACCCGUCUGACGUGAAAGGUGACCUGGCGGAGGUCAAGGGAAGUGGGGAUGAGAUCUCCGAAGAACGGGAGGAAUUGAUUGCCGAGGCUUCCCAAGGGGGCGUGGGAGACGGGACUUCCGAACCGAAGGGCAACGAGGAGUCGACUUCUGCACAAUCGGAGGCGACGGGUUCUGGAGACGGGACUUCGGAACAUUACGUCGUGGAGAAGAUUCUCGACUCACGAAUUGUCGCCGGCCGGACGGAAUUUCUCGUCACGUGGAAAACCCGAGGCCAUGAGCAUGACAGUUGGGUGCCAUUGGAGAAUUUAAACGUCGAUCGCCCUGAGCUGAUUGAAGCAUUCGAGGCGGACCGGAAUGCGAAGAAGGCCGCGGAGAAGAAGAACGCAUCUAACGCGGACGAAGGGGAGAAAUUCGUCGUAGAGAAAAUUCUCGACAAGCGAAUUGUCCACGGCAAAAUUCAAUAUCUUUGCAAGUGGAAGGACUACGAAGAGGACGACAACACUUGGGAGCCAGCGGCGAAUUUGGGCUGUUCCGAACUGAUGGAAGCGUUCGAGGCCGAAUGGAAGGAAAAGGAGGCGGCCAAGAAGAAGAAGAAGCCGUCCGACAAUGGAGCAGAAUAGAAUUCGUUUCCUUUCUGAAAAAUUAUUAAUUUCUUUUUUGUGUUGAUUUAUUCCACUUUUCGAUUGUUUCAAAUAAAUUUCUUGAAAUAACUUUA